CUCCUUAGAUUCAGAAUGGCUGUCUGUGCAUGCUCACUAGCUGUCUGGAAAAGCUUGGUCUCGUCACCUGCCUGCCUGCUGCAGAAUGGGGGUUUAUGGAAACUGAGGCUUCUUGAAGAGCUUGAAGAUACUUGGCUCCCUUAUCUGACCCCCAAGGAUGAUGAAUUCUAUCAGCAGUGGCAGCUGAAAUACCCGAAACUGAUUCUGCGCGAAGCGGGCAGCGUGCCCGAGGCCCUCCACAAAGAAGUGCAGGAAGCCUUCCUCACGCUGCACAAGCACGGCUGCUUCUUCCGGGACCUGGUUAGGAUCCAGGGCAAGGAUCUGCUCACACCGGUGUCGCGCAUCCUCAUCGGCAACCCGGGCUGCACGUACAAGUACCUCAACACCAGGCUCUUCACGGUGCCCUGGCCGGUGAAGGGCGCUAGUCCGAAGUACGACGAGGCUGGCGUGGCUGCCGCCUGCCAGACCUUCCUCAGGCUCAAUGACUACCUGCAGAUGGAGACCCUGCAGGCUCUGGAGGAGCUGGCUUGCAAGGAGAAAUCCAACAUCGAUGCCGUGCCGGUGUGUAUAGGUCCAGAUUUCCCCCGGGUCGGGAUGGGGUCCUUUGACGGACAAGACGAGCUGGACGUGAAGAGCAGAGCCGCCUACAACGUCACUUUGUUGAAUUUCAUGGAUCCCCAGAAAAUGCCGUACCUGAAAGAGGAGCCUUAUUUUGGCAUGGGGAAAAUGGCCGUGAGCUGGCAUCACGACGAAAAUCUGGUGGAACGGUCGGCCGUGGCUGUGUACAAUUAUAGCUGUGAAGGCCCAGAAGAAGAAAGUGAGGAUGACCCUCAGCUCGAAGGCAGAGACCCUGAUACUUGGCAUGUCGGGUUUAAGAUCUCGUGGGACAUAGAGACUCCUGGCUUGGCAAUACCCCUUCGCCAAGGAGACUGCUACUUCAUGCUUGAUGAUCUCAAUGCCACCCACCAACACUGUGUUUUGGCUGGUUUACCACCUCGGUUUAGUUCCACCCACCGAGUGGCAGAGUGCUCGACUGGAACCUUGGAUUAUAUCUUACAGCGCUGCCAGCUGGCUCUGCAGAAUGUCCGUAAUGAGGCAGACAAUGGUGAUAUUUCUUUGAAAUCCUUUGAGCCUGCAGUUCUGAAACAAGGAGAAGAAAUUCACAAUGAGGUCGAGUUCGAGUGGCUGAGACAGUAUUGGUUUCAAGGCAAUCGAUACAGAAAAUGCACUGAUUGGUGGUGUCAACCCAUGACCCAACUGGAAGACCUGUGGAAGAAGAUGGAAGGCGUGACAAAUGCUGUGCUCCAUGAAGCUAGAAGAGAGGCGGUCCCCGUGGAACAAAGGAAUGAAAUCUUGACUGCCAUCCUUGCCUCGCUCACUACCCGGCAGAACCUGAGGAGGGAGUGGCACGCCAGGUGCCAGUCCCGAAUUGCCCGAACCUUACCCGUGGAUCAGAAGCCGGAAUGUCGGCCAUAUUGGGAAAAGGAUGAUCCUUCGAUGCCUCUGCCCUUCGAUCUCACAGACAUCGUUUCGGAACUCAGAGGUCUGCUUCUGGAAGGAAAGCCCUAGAAGAGCACAAGGCUCAGGUGGAGGAGGAAAAGAUAUUUUCGGCUUCCUUCCUCCAUCCUUGUCGUGGGCUUGGGCAAGGGCAGUAUGGGUAGACUUGGCCUUUAGAUUAUAGAACCUGGGUCCCCUUAGAAAGAGUAGGGAAUGGAGCCCAUGAAUGUUAAAACGGUUAAAAAUGGCACAGUGUUACAAUCCGAUUUGGUACGAAACAAGAACCUGCCCCCAAAAUACUAUUCCCCGCUUGGAUUUUUCAUGGGAGCCGUUCAGCUCCCAAGGGCCAAGGUGACAGGGGUGGGCCUAGCCCAUGGCAGAGCACCACCCACUUUCCACCUUCCCAAGCCUUUGCAGAGACUCUAGAGUUGAAGCCUCUAAAGUCAUCCAGGGGAAGACAGAACCUAGACACCGCUCCCCCCAGUUUCUCACCACACCCUCCACAGGCUGUGCUGUCCAGUAUGGUAGCCCCUAGCGGGGUGUGGCUUCUUAAAUCCAGUUUCCAUUGUGAUUAAAAAUUCCAUUCCUCAGCUGCUUCAUAGUCACACGUGUCUGGUGACUCGUGUAUUGGGCAACACAGAUGCAGAACAUUUUCAUCGUUGUGGGGGAAGUCCUGUUGGGUAACGCUUCUAUUAGAAGUUGGAGAGCCGGAAAUUCUCUUCUCCACUUGUCUGUAGCCACCAUCCCUGUGGGCAAAAGGAAUGAAAAGAGAAACACAUCGUUGAAAAGUAGCCGCUGUCCCUUCUGUGAGCCAGGCCCAAAUAAAGGGCCGAGUUACGAGUUCUGUACUCUGCCCCCCAGGAAUGAGGAGCCGUUGGAAAUUAAAAUACACUUGACAUCUGUCGUUGGGAGGUUUCCCUGAGCUGAUGAAAGAGACACAGCCCUGUUUGCAUUGCUUCAUGGAUUUAGCCCGCACGUGCAUUUUUCUAGAAUUCUCCCAUCCAUACGUAGUGACAGGUGGGAUCGAGGCCCGAGGAGCCCCCGUGCCUCAUCCCGAUGACAUCCGUGCACCAGAGAAUCGUUGCAGCAGAGGUGAAAACCUGGGCUCUGGCUUUAGAGUGUCUGGAUCAGAGCAGGCACUGGCUCCGUGACUUCUGGCGUGUCACUGUGCCUCAGUUUCCUUAUCCGUAUGACAGGGAUACUGAAGGCACCAACUGACAAGGUGAAGAGUAAACAGAAUAACCUAGCUACAAGUGUAGGACAACUUCGGACAGGUAGUUAGAUACCCGGUAAAUAUCAGUAUCAUUCUGUAUCCUUAAGAUGACCGAUGUAGACGUCGUCCCCUCCUUCCUCUGCCCUCGUGCUGAUUUCAUCUCGUGAUGACAUUAUCACAUCUCUCCCUUUCUGGCUUGGCUCCUGCCCUGUGGUGACCCCGGAAAUCACCAGACUAGUUAGCCCCUCGCCCCAGCCCAUGGCCUUCUGGUUUACCGUAGCUUGGAAGCUGAGGAGCUCUUUUGCCCGUUGAGGGGGGCGCACGGAGAACCAGACUCUCUCUCCUGCCAUUAGAAUCUCCUGGGUUUAAGGUGGCGCUCACUUCCACGGAGCUAACCGCCCCAAGGCCGCGUGGCACAGAGCAGCCAGGGUUUCGUGGUCUGGAAGGUCGGUUCUCUCAGACCACGAAUGAAUUCCCUGAUGUCCUUGAGCCUCAUGGGGCUGUCGUAGAGGUGACCUGAACUCUGGGAGGUCAGGAGCAUGUGGCAUCCAGAAAUCACAGCGCGGGCGCCCAGGCCACGUGGCCUCUGUGGUUGUAUUUAGUACUCGUGCUGGUUCUGUGUCACAUUUCAUAGGUGCCAGUAUUUCAGAAUUGGGAGAGUUCAUAUAAAGUAAAAACGUGUGCGCUGUCUUUAGAAUUCGGAAUAUUUGGCAGCCCUCGGCCUCCGUCCUGGCAUGGCAACGAGCUAGGUAGCGUCUUCUCGCUCUCGGGCUGGACGUGAGCCCUCCAUGGCUCCUGGUGCUCCCCAUUAUCAUUUAUCAUCACCCUGACCCCUAGCGGUCAGCACUCUGGACCCGCUUGCUCGCACCCCUGCAGUAGAAUAGGGAAUCAUAUCUCGUGCCCUCCCCGGUGUGUGUGUAUUACUCUUGAGCUCUGUUUGUGGACACUUGUAGUACUGUGUCUCGUACGUCAUGAAACAUUCAUAAACAAUAAAAAUAUUAAAAGAAGAAAA